UUCCCUCCAAAGGAAGUAUGUUCUCCCUCCACAAAAAAUUGACAUUUUCUGGCUUCCUAAAACCCUCUUAACUCAUUCUUUUUUCUUCUUCACCAUUCAACUUCUGCAAAAAUUUAAAAUGUCUAGCCAUCAAGAAGACCUCGACCUCCUUCUUUCUCUCCAAGAUCGAGUCUUGGAAACCCCUCCUGGCUCUCCAUCAAAUCUCCAUUCUCAUUCACCGGGAUAUUCGUCGGAUGAAUCCCCUAGACGGAGAGGGCAUGCAGAUUUGUCUAUGUUCAAAGAUGCUGUCAAAGAUUGCCUUGAUUAUGAGCAAAAACCAGCUAAGAAAGCCGAAAAGCUAAAGCAGUCGAGGAACUCAAAUGAAGUGAAUGUGGAGAAGUAUUCGGGUUUAAGGAUAAGGAAUCAAAUUGUCACUCCUGCAGAGCUUGCUGAACGUUUUUCAGAUAUCCGUUUUGUACGUUUACCUGCUAUUAAAAAUCUUUUGGUAGGAGAUACUAUCUCUGGAUGCUGGGCUACUGUUGGGGUACUAACCGAGAAGGGAAAUUCAAGGACUAGCUCCGUUGGGAAGAGCUAUUGCAUAUGGAAAAUUGGGUGUUUAGAUGAAAACACGAUUUCUCUUUUCUUAUUUGGUGAUGCUUAUCAUCAGUAUAGCAAGGAGCAGGCAGGAACAGUUUUUGCAUUAUUCAAUUGCACUGUACGCAAGGACAAUGCUGGAACAGGUUUUUCUUUGAGUGUCUAUUCUCCAAAUCAAAUGCUAAAGGUGGGCACUUCUAUUGAUUAUGGAGUUUGCAAAGGAAAAAGGAAGGAUGGGAUGUCCUGUACACUAGUCAUAAAUAAACGUCAAGGGAUAUAUUGCAGAUAUCACAAAUCAAAAGCAUCAGAGAGAUUUUCCACAGUAAGAACUGAGCUCAAGGGAGGGAACUUGAGAACAGCCUUUCGGGAUCCUGUCCAGUCACAAGGCAUUUACUUGGUGGACCCUUUAGCUGACAAAACAAGCAUAAAGAAACCUACACAACCGGUGAAAUUGCUAUCUGUGGAAGGACUUAAGAAGGCACUUAGUAAUGCAGAUAAAGUGACAACAAAUACGUUCUCCCAGGGCAUACGAUUUCUUAAUGAAAUAGCAGGAAAAAUGAAACCAAAAAAUUCAACCAAAGUAUCUGUGACAGCAAAGCAACAAAUAACUAGCCUAGACAAAAGGAAGUCAUCUACAAUGAAGGUGAAUCCAUUUGUAGUCAUGAAUAAUGAACCAGAUGCAAAAAGGAAAAAAACUGACUAUGGGCAAGCUUCAGCAGAGAAAUCCAAAAAUGAAACAGGGAAGAUGAUUGAAUUGGAAAUCUUUGGUUCAGAUGAAGACAUAUGAGUUAUUUCUAUGGCGGCCCACUUUGGUCUUACUAUUUUUCAACUUACAAUGUGGUGUUGUACAAGUGAGCUAGAGCCCUUUCCAACACAGUGCCGCAGAUGCAUCUAGGGGACCAUAAUCAUUCCAACGUUAAGCUCUGCAGAAGAUGCUGCCUUCUGAAAAGGAGUUACAGUCAUGAUAUCUCGGUCUUUAUGAAGUGAUAGUUAAGCAACUGGCCUAGAGUUCCAUGGCUGCUCCUUCAUUUCAAGUAAAUCUAGCAAGCUCAUGAAUAACCUUGCCCUUAAGGCUAGGUUAUGAAGUUUGAACUGUUAUUUCUCACGUUUCAAUGAAUUAAUUUAUUAUCCUAACAAAGAUAAAUUGAAAAUAUAACAAAUCCACUUGUGAGACAA